GAAAUGACAAACCAGACCAUGAUGGGGGAAUUCAUACUCUUAGGUCUGACUGACCAACACAAACUUGAAAUCUUGAUUUUUCUCCUACUGUUCAGUAUAUAUCUGCUGACCAUUAUGGGGAACUUAGUGAUUAUUGCAAUCACACUGUUUGAUCAUCAUCUCUGCACCCCAAUGUAUUUCUUCCUCCGACAUGUUGCAUUUGUAGAGAUUGCAUACACCACCACCAUCAUUCCCAAAGCACUGGCCAAUAUGGUUACAGGCCAUAAAACUAUCUCUCUGUCUGGUUGUUUCACACAGACAUUUCUGUACUUUGGCCUGGGGACUACAGAGUUCUUUUUGCUGGCUGUAAUGUCUGUUGACAGGUAUGUGGCUGUCUGCAACCCUCUCCGCUACUCAACCAUAAUGAAUACUCGAAUCUGCUCAUUGCUGGUGCGUUGCAGUUGGGUUGCAGGAUUUCUGCUCAUUCUGGGUCCAGCAGCUACAUUAUUUCAGAUGUCAUUUUGUGGCCCAAAUGUCAUCAACCAUUUUUUCUGUGAUAGCGGCCCUUUAAUCAAGCUUGCUUGUGUCGACACGAGUCUACUGGAACUCAUGGAUUUCCUGAUUGCUAUGUUGUCCCUCAUUGGGACUUUAGCAGUAAAUCUUGUGUCCUACAUCCAUAUUAUUUAUAGCAUCAUGCACAUCCCAUCAACUGCAGGGAGGCAGAAGGCCUUCUCUACUUGCUCCUCCCACAUCACUGUGGUCUCCAUCACUUAUGGUAGUUGCAUUUUCAUGUAUGUGAAGCCAAAAGGCAUCAGCAGAUUAGACUUCAGUAAGUCGGUGGCUGUACUUAACACCGUUGUGGCUCCUCUUCUAAUACCAUUCAUAUAUUGCCUGAGGAACAAACAAGUGAAGGACGCUUUAAGUGGUGUUUUUAGACAAGGAGUUGUGCUGUGUAAGAAGUUAAGAUAG